GCAGAUGGACUGGUCGCAGCGCGGCAAGAUCUGGAGGAAACAGUCGUGCAUGCCAAUCGGAAUGUCGAGAUUACUCGAGCACUUGCGGCUGGCUUCUGGCUUCGGCAACUGUGCUGUCACCCCGUACCGACUUCUUUCGGCGACUGAGACGGAUAUCCAGGCGCAGCGGCGAGCGCGUCAUUCCCUUGUUACCCGAUGAGGCCGGAUCGGUGAUGAUGGUGCCUUCGAUUACGACAGUGACGUUCUACGAGGGCGAUCCACCCACCUCUAUUCUCCGCGACAUGACUCAGACCCUUCUAGCUGCGAACCCCUGGCUCGGCGGGCGGUUGCGACGAGACAGGUCCACUGGCACCACGGUCCUGUGCAUGCCUGUGGACCCACCCAACAUUGACACACACUUCAUCAG